AUGUUUUUUUUAAAUCGGCAAUUGUUCUAUAAAGGGAAAUAUAUACCUGUUGGAAGAAGAGUGUUUAGAGAAAAAUUGGUAACAGGUCGAAAGCAGAAAUCUCCAAUUAUUUUAUUACCUCCAUAUAUAUCAAUACAUGAACUUCGAUUAAUGCUAAAUAUAAAUUAUGAAAUAUGUUUUAAAGUGGCAAAUGUAUAUAAGUGUGGUAAUAAAUAUCGAUGGAAAGAUUCAAAUGAUAGAGUUUUUCAAACAGUAAAUAAAAGGAAUGUAAUUAUACCUUAUAAUGUAGCUGCAUUUGUAAGUAAAGUAUUUAAAUUUAAACCAAAGCUUAUUGAACCAGAAUUAUUUUGUGAAGAAGAAAAUAGAUCCAAUAUUUCGUUGGAAGACAUAUAUCAAAAAACAUAUAAAAUUGAAAGAGAUUACAAUGAAAAUCAAAGUAAAACUAAAGGUGAAUCAAAUAUAUUUAAUAAUAACAAUUUGAUCAAUGAUAAUGAUACGUUCUCUAUUCCCGUCGAUGAAAUAAACAAAUAUACCGAAUCAAACGAAUCAAAAAAAAAACGAAAUAACUAUUACACAGUUGUUUCCGUAAUAGGACAUAUAAAUCAUGGAAAAACAACACUUUUAGAUAAAGUUACCAACAAUAAUUUAGCAAAUUAUGAAGCUGGUUGUAUUACACAAAAUAUUAAACCCAUACACUUUGAAUUGGAACCUUACAAAUUCACAUUUUUAGAUACACCAGGUCAUAAAGUUUUUCAAAUUUUAAGAGGACGCGCUGCUUUUCUUUCCGAUAUAUUAAUAAUAUUGAUUUCGUUAGAAGUUGGGGCAGAAAUUCAAACUGAAGAAGCAAUUAAAUAUGCAGAUAAAUUUAGCAUACCUGUUAUUUUUGCUUUGAACAAAGCUGAUAUUUAUAAAGAAAAUGAAUCAGUAGUAAAAGCCGAGUUAAAAAAUCAAUGUAAUAAAAUGUUUGAUGAAGGAACUUUAAAACACAAUUAUUCAAACGAAAUAGAUAAUUCUAUAACCAUAUCAUCUUUAACUGGAUAUAAUUUACCCCGAUUAAUAAAUAGAAUAUAUUUUAUAAAACAAAAUAUUAAUUUGCCAUACCACAGUGCCAAUGUUUUUUACAAUAAUCAAAAUGGAAUCAAAAAAAAUGCACAAUUAAGAGAUAUAACUAGUGCUAAUAAUAAUGAAACUGAUAGUUUUUACAACAUACAUGAUGAAACUAAAGGAAAACAAAAAAGAGAAUAUUGCUUGAGCUUGCUAAAAAAAUAUAUUCGAAAAUCCGAUUGCUUAUUAGCUUUAGACAAAACUCCAUUUGGUAUGGGAGUUGUUGUAGAUAUAACUAAAGACUCAAGUAAAGGGACUAUACUUCAUGUCAUUGUAAGAAAUGGAUUUUUUAUUGAAGGAAGUUAUUUUAUAUGUGGUUCAGCUUACGGAAAAAUUCUAAAAAUGUAUAAAUUUAAUAGUAAUUUUAAAGAAUAUUGUACAUAUGCAACAGUUGGUAUGGCUAUCCAAAUAUCAGGAAUCAAAAAAAAACAUGGUAGUGCAACAACAGAUGAUUUAAUAUUUACCUUACCACAAAAUGACGCAUUUCGUUUAUGCCAAUACAGACUGAUGGUUGAAAAAUUAUCUACUUUACAAGUUAGUGGAGAUGAAAUUGAAGUUUCAUGGGAAAAUGAUAUGAAAAAAAAUGAAUUUUAUGCAGAAGAUAUUUAUGAAAACAGACUUGAAAUGUCAGAAAAAAGAAAAGCUAUUGAAGAAUUUGGAAUAGAAAGUGAAAACAAUAUUUUUAAUCAAGUAACAAUGAAAGAUUUUCAUAAAAGUAAUACACAAAUUGAAAAAGAAGAAAAUAAUUUUGUAGAAAUACAUUUAGAAGAGGAAAAUAAAUAUGAACAAAUCAAAAAUGAUAAAAACAAUUACAUUAAAAACGUACUUUUACAAAAUGAUGAUGAUCAAAGCAUUUUGAUACCUGAACAAAAAAAAGUUAUAUUUUUUGAUAAUCAAGCAAAUAAUGAUAAUUUAUUAAAUGGCUUAGCUGAUUCCAAAAAAGUUACAGAUCAUAAAGAGAACCAAUUACUCCAUUCAAAUUAUCCUCACUCUGACCAAAUUAAUCAAAUAUAUAAUGGAUUUAAUAAAAAUUCUAAUUCAAAUAUACAAAAUUGUCCACAAAUGGACAUUUGUAUCGAAGAUGGUCCAAGUUCUAUGAUAAAUCAAAAAAUGAAUGGAAUAAAUAAUAAUACACAAAAUAAUAGUGACUCCAAGGAAAACGUGUUCCUCAAUGAUACUAUGCAGGAAAAGAAUGAGCCAAUGAAAAAUAGUAAAAAUAUUAAAGAAAAUAAUAAUAUACAACAUAACAAAAUGGAAAACAUGCUUGAAAACGAUGCUAUAGAUGGAGAAAAAGAAUUCACUAAAAUAGGUAGAAAAAACAAAUAUUAUAAAAACAAAAAUACUAUAAAUAAUAUAUCUUUCAAUAAAGAAAAAUUGGAAAACAUAACCAAAGAAGAAUAUAACGAAGGAUCGAACAAAUUAAAUAAACCUUGGUAUUAUGAAGAAAGUGAAGAUACAUGGUCUAAAAAAGUUCUAAAACGAAAUGAAGAACUUAUGGAAAUUUGGAGAAACAAAACCAGACAAAGAGAACUAGAAAAGGAAAGACAACAGUUUUAUGAAAAACAAAUGAUAUUGAAAAAUGAAAUUACAAAAAGAAAUGUUUUAGGUGAAAAACAAUUAACUGAAGAAGAAAUUAACAAUUAUCUUUAUAAUGACCACAAUAAAGAAGUUGAUUCAAAUUCAUCAAAACAAGAAGAAAUCAAGCUACCCCCAAAAAAUAUUCCUGUUAUACCUAUUAUUAUAAGAACUAACUAUGUUGGAAUGUUUGAUAUUUUUUUAGAUGAAUUUGAAAACAUUCAAAACAAAUAUAAUGUAAAAAUAUCGGUUGUUCAUGGAGGAAUAGGGCCUGUUACCCCAAAUGAUGUUGUACAUGCUGAAGUAGAAACUAAUUAUGGGUAUUGUUGUAUUUACGCAUUUCAUGUUAAAGUAUUACCUGAUUCAGUAAAGCAAGCUGUCCUUUCCAAUAUUGUAAUAAAACAGUUUGAUGUAUUUACUGAUGUCAUCGAUGAUAUAGUUAAAAGAAUUAAAAAUAUAAAAGCUUUAAUGGCCCAUAACAUGUAUGUAAGGAGUCUUAAAAAUGAAAGGACACAAGAAGGAUUAUAA